UGGAGCGCGAGGUAGGCGAUGUAUGAUUCGCCUAGUUAAGCGCACGUCUGCGCACGGGUUUUGACUCCGGCUUUGAUUUCUGCAUUUACAUCAGGACUCUUGAAUCGCAUAGAUAAGAUAAUACAAAUUUUUGUUGUAGAUCCUGAUAUAAUUCUGUACGGUAAUGUUUUGUUAAUCUGUAGUCGCGUAAUACAGUAAUAUCUCAUUAUGGAACUGGCACAUGGAUUACUCUUGAAUGAAGAGGCCUUAUCGCAAGUGCCCAAGAACAAAAAAACGAUCUUUGUUUAUGAAUGGCUGCGAUUUCUGGAGAAAGUUUUAGGAGCUGCUCAAAAGGCUGACAUUAAAGAAAAGCAGCCAAAGUUAAUUGAACAGCUCUUGAGUCAAUUACUUUCUGGACCUGGACCUCCAACGAGACAUCUGAUUGGUAGAUGUUUGACAAUUUUAUAUACUGUUGGAGAUACAUAUUCAUCGUAUGAGACUGUUAGUAAAUGCAACGAAGUAAUCAGAAGCAGAGAUGAUUCACCGAGUUAUUUGCCUACCAGAUUGGCAGCAAUUGAGUGUCUGGGAUGUCUUUAUGAAAAGAAUGGAAGGAUGCUUGGAGGAUUGCUUCAAGAUACAGUUUCUGUAUUGGUUAAAGGCUUGAAAAAUGCAGAAUCACAAGCACGGGCAGAGACUAUGCUCACACUCAAAAAAAUAUUAAUUGGUCUUGAAUCUUCUGCUUCAAUUUGUCAUCGUGAUAUAUACAAAGCAACCAAACUUGGUCUAAUAGACAGAUCAAUGUAUGUCAGAACUUCUGCUGCUGAGUGCAUGAGAGAACUAGCUCGUGAAGCAUCGUUUCUAUAUUCAACUGAAUUUGAACAACUUGCCCAGCAAUGUUUCAGAGCAUUAGAAGGAACCACUUAUGAAGCACGUAGUGCUAUUGCACGUCUUCUUGGGUUUGUCAUGGCUGGAUCACAAAGACCAAAACCAACAGUUCUUAAAGGUCGUAAGCCAACUCUAGAUGAAGUCCUUAAUACCCUCGCUAAUGGAUUUGUACAAGGUGGUCCUGCUGGAAAAACUUCAGGAGGUAGAGAUUCAAUGAAAAAUGGGAUAAACACUGCCAGGGCUGUUCGAAUCGGAGUUACAGAAGCUUAUGUAGAAAUGGCAUUAUCCUUGGGUCCAACUUGGCUGGAAAGGAAUCUAUCUUUAUUUCUGAAGAAAGUACUGGAUCUUGUCUCACAUCCAAAAUCAAUUCUCUCACAUGUUGAAGCAGUGUAUUCUCGAAGAUGCGUUGUUUUUAUUUUGCGGUCAACUGUCGGCAGAAUGUUUGGUGAAAAGCAACAAAGAAAAGCUGCCAAGGAAUUGUGUAAUGCAAUCACUGAACAAAUGAAUCAAGUUGGCAUUGCUCUGACAGAUACAGGUGGCAAUAACCCAUCAUCAAUGGACAUAUCACCCAGUCAACAUAUGUUAGUGUGUGCUACACAUGAAUUAGGUUGUCUCGUUAAAUCUCUCGGAACUUCAGCUGCUCCUCUUGUAGCUGAACCAGCAUCAAGUAUCAUUGAACCUGUAGUCAGCAUUCUGCUUCAUCCAUCACAAGCAGCUCGUCUAGCAGCAUCUUGGUGCCUGAGAUGUAUUGCAUCAGCUAUUCCUUCACAAUUGUGUCCUCUGAUUGACAGAUGCGCUGACAGAAUUCGGGCUCUCAAAUCCUCUGGGGAGGCUGUGUCUGGCUUUAGUUCAGCAUUGGCCGCUCUUCUCGGUGCAGUGUGCGAGUCUCCUAUGGGAAUUCCCCACUCAAAAGGAAAGGUUAUAUUUGCCGUAGCUGAAGAGUUGCUGCGAAGUGCUGCACAAAAUACAACUUUAACAUUGUUCAGAACACAAGCUGGAUGGUUGUUGGCCGGGGCUCUUAUGACAUUAGGUCCUGCGAUUGUACGUCACCAUUUGACGAAGUUGUUGUUAUUAUGGAAAACAGCAUUUCCUAGAUCUAUGAGAGAGCUAGACCAAGAAAGACAGCGUGGGGAUGCUUUUACAUGGCAGUUGACUUUGGAGGCUAGAUCUGGAGCUUUGUGUGCAAUGAGGAGCUUUGUUGCAAAUUGUGGAGAACUAUUAACUGAAGAAGUCACUAGAAAAUUGAUGAUUCCACUUGAAAGUGCCAUGGCAAUGAUGUCCAUGAUACCAUUCGUUGUAAAUACUCAUGGUUUACACUUGAAAGCAAGCGCUGCGAUGGUACGAUUGAGACUUUAUGAUAUUCUGGCUCUUCUGCCACCGAAGACAUAUGAAGGAAGUUUUCAUGCGCUUCUAAGAGAGCUUGUUGCCGAAUUCACACUAACUGAUAAUCCAGCGAAUACAACCACUUCAUUGCUUCGUUCUUUAUGUCAUAGUGAAGAUAGUGUCUUACUCGGAUCAUGGCUUAAAGACACCGAUCAAAGCUUAAUAGAAGAACAAUUGCAAGGUAAUAGUGCUUCUGGUUCUGGUGCCUUGGAACAUGAUCCUACAGCUGUUUAUUUACAUUCUACACAGUCUAAUGCUGUUCCUGGACCUCUUCCUCUUGGUGUGAGUGUUAUUGAUGCUGCUAUUGCUUUAUUUGGUCUCGCGUUUCCUCACGUUGCUGCUAAACACAGACUUCAGAUGCUGCGACAUUUUGCCGAAUGUGUGAAACAAGCAAAUAAGAAUCUAGUACGACAACGUGCGAUUCAAAUUAAUGUAUUCACUGCACUGAUAUGUGCUUUGAAAGGUCUCGGAGAAAACAAACGCCAGCUAGGACGAGGUGAUGUUCUGGAUGCGGCAAAAGUACUUGUGACAGAAGCUUUAGCAAGUACUGAUCCUACUUUGAGAUGUGCCGCAGGAGAAGCUGUUGGUCGAAUGGCUCAAGUGACAGAUGAAGCAGGAUUUGUGUCUCAAACCGCUUUGAAAUGUUUUGAAAAAUUGAAGACAUCUAGAGAUGUUAUAUCAAGGACUGGUCAUUCAUUAUCAUUAGGUUGUGUACAUCGUUAUGUUGGUGGAAUUGGGUCUGGUCAGCAUCUACGUACAAGUGUCGGAAUAUUACUUGCACUUGCACAAGAUCAUAACUCACCAGAAGUACAGGUUUGGGCAUUACAUGCCCUCGCACUUAUUGUUGAUGCUUUUGGGCCAAUGUUUCGAGCUUAUGUUGAACCUUCCUUGCAAGCUAUACUUUCAUUGCUAUUAUCUGUUGCCUCAAGUCAUGUACAAGUACACAGAUGUUUGGGAAGAUGUCUCACUGCUCUUAUAACUACAUUGGGUCCCGAGUUACAAGGGAAUACUAGCUCAGUGUCAUCUGCUAGGUCGUCAUGUCUCACUUCUUGCUUUAUAAUGUCGAAUCAUUAUGAUGCCCAGGUUCAAGCAGAAGCAAUCUCUUGUUUACAACAACUUCAUAUGUUUGCACCUAGACAUGUAGAGCUUUCAACACUUGUUCCUAGAUUAUGUGAAGAUUUAUCAAGUUGGCAUCUGGUUCUCCGACGAUCUGCCGUAUCGUGUCUCCGUCAACUCGCUCAAAAAGAAUCAACAGAAGUUUGUGAAAUUGCUGCGAAAACAACUGAACGUUUAGCAAAAAUGACAAAGAAGCAUUCGAACUAUGGAGUAAAAGUAGGAGACACCGGUCUGGAAGGAGCUCUGUUUGCGCUACUGGAUCACGAAUGUGAUACAAUGAUAAUGUCUGAUACAAGGGAUACACUCAAUCAUAUUCUACAUUCUAUGGCAUUAGGCAGACUUGGAUUCUGGUUGCCACUCUGUAAAUCUGUGCUUGCUGCUUCUACAGAUACAUCAGCAUUGGGGCCCGUUGAUCCUCAACAACCAGAAAAUGAAGAUAAAGAUGAUGAUGAUGAUGUGGCAACAUUCACAAAAGGAAAAAAGGAAGAAAAAUCGGAUUCAAUUCCUCCUCGAUGGUCCACACGAGUAUUUGCCGUGGAAUGUGUCCGGAAAAUUACAACUGCUUGUCGUCAACCUGGCGCCCCUCCUGCACAUUUUGAUUUACAGAUUGCUCGUAGUGUGGUUAGAAGUGGUGGUGAAGGUGAUUUUCUUGUUCUUCAUUUAUCUGACCUAGUCCGUAUGGCAUUCAUGGCAGCAACUGACACAAGUGCUCAAUUAAGAAUGGCUGGGCUUGAAGCUUUACAGGAUGUUAUAAAAUAUUUCAAAGAUGUUCCAGAACCAGAGUUUCCUGGUGCUGUCAUAUUGGAACAAUUUCAAGCAAAUGUUGGUGCAGCACUUCGUCCUGCUUUCACCCAAUCUGCAGAUUCAUCUCAUGAAGUUACAGCUCGUGCAUGUGAAGUAUGCAGUGCUUGGUUGGCUAGCGGAGUUGUCAGUGAUCUCAAUGAUUUGAAGAGAGUACACUCACUUCUUGUGUCCAGUUUAGAUUCAAUGACUAAACCCAGUAAUUCCUCUGGACAACUGUAUAGUGAAAGUGCUUCGACAAUGGAAAAACUUGCAGUUUUAAAGGCCUGGGCAGAGGUGUACAUUGUAGCGAAGCAGCAAGCAAAGAAUAGUUCGCAACGAAAAGUGAAAUCUGCUCAAGAAAAUAAUGAGAGUUUAUUAACAUUAGUAGAACCUCAUCUACCUAUAUUAUCAUCGUUAUGGAUGAAAGUGCUGAGGGAUCUUGCUCUUCUAAGACUACCUAGAGAAUUUCACACUCACAUGCCAAAAGAAGGUGGGGCAUUUUUUACUCCAGAAUCUAUGGCAGCUGUUCGACCACAUUAUGCUAAGUCAUGGACCCCAAUCAUACAUGCUGCAUCGGUAUGGUUAAAAGCUGAAGAGUUUGUGAAAGAGAAAAUACAAAACAGCGAAACGUCUUCAGAUGACGAAGAAGAUCAAAAAACAGAUCACAACCAGAGUGUUAGUGAUGAAACAAAAGCUCAAAUUCAUUUAAUUAUGGGUGUAUGUGUCGAAACGCUGUGUUCACCCAGAGCCUCAGAAACAUUGGAAGUUGUCGUUGCUUGUCUUUCUGCACUCAAUGCUUUAUUAUCAACAAAAGUUACAAGAAAUAUUAUUGGCAAAGAUCAAAUGCUUGGAAUUGAAUUAUUAAACGUGAUACAUCGUUUAUUACUAACAAGAGAAAAUUCAACAAGUCAACAUAAAGUAAUGGAAGUUGCUUCUAAAAUUGUACAAGCCUAUAAAGAAGAGCUGUAUUCUAACAAAGAUGUUAUAGAACCGACAGAGAAUGCAGAAGGAGGGGUCGAAGGUCAUCUUGUGCCUGGAAAAUCAAUUGUUUUUGCGUCAUUAGAAGUUUGUAUGUGUGUGUUGGUGCGACAAUUUCCAUCCAUCAACCCUACGUUUAGAAAUCAAAAUCCAGAUAACAGUAAAGGAAGAUUGAUAAAUGACGAAAGCUCUAAACUUGUAUCAAUGGCAAUUGAUUUGUUAGUAGAAUGUCUCACUCUUUGUUCCCCUAAAGCAACCAGUAUCGUUUUGCCAACAGUUAUGGUGCUGAUUACUGGUGCCUUGAAAGAAUGUGUGAUUUCAAAUGAUAACAAUGAAAAAACAAAUUGUCAAGCUGCCUACAACACUAUCACCACAACAAUACUCCGGGUGAUUCGUGUCAUGAUCAACUUGCCAUUCAUGAGCAGUGAAGAUUCAGAAGCGGAAUGGAUCAAAAUAUUACAAAGCUCUCUCGCUACUGUAUUAGAUUUUGCCAAUGAAGGCGAUGUGAAGAAGGACAUGGGUACUGUAUUGAUGUUCAUAUCUUUGUUUCUGUUAUCUGCUCCAACAAUCAUAUGUAAACACGAUGAAAUUUUAUCCAAAAUAAUUGAUGUUUUUGAGAAGUCUUUCGCAUCUGAUGAUACACAGCUACAAUUGAAAGUGACUCAGAUACUUCCAUCCAUAUUUCGACUCACAGACACGGAUCUAACAUGGCCAUUCAUACAUAGAAUGACUCCACUGGUUGUUAACAAAUUAUCUCAAAUAAGUGAAUCAUCAGACAUACAACAAACUCUCGCAAUUGCAAUUGAAUGCUUCAAAAUUCUUGAUUUAUUGGUUAUUUUGACGGAAGAUGAUGAUCGUCAAGAUAUGAUUGAUAUAUUCAUGUCAGUUCUUGCAACAUUUCUAACAACAAUUGAUGAAGGAGAAAAACUUUCUCAAACAAAACAGUUCAAAAGACAGCUACAUGACUGUGCCCUACAAUACUUGAUACAGGUUGGACAAAAAUAUCCACAGGCGUUUCGUUCAAUUCUUGAUUCUCAAAUGGUUGUUAAAAUGAAACUGGAAGAAGCGGUAAGAGCGAAUCAACUCAUUACACAACGCAGACAGCAGCAGGAAAUCAAACGCCAGGAACAACAGGCUGCAAGACAAGCAAAAGCUAACGCACCCCCUAGCAUCAAGUUGAAGAUGGAUUUUUCUAAUUUCGGUGGGAAAUAGACAUUCGUUACCCACGAUUUUUAUUGCCUUGGAAUCUUAGUAAAGCACCCAUUUAUCCGUGAUUUUAUUUAAAAAUCUUAUGCGAUUGCAAAUGCUGCAUGGAGAUGCUUGCGUGUUGUACUACAACAGUAUAUUUGGAAACCUCCGUUAUUUGAUUUUUGAUAAUUGUCAUUUGAAAUGCUUGAAUCUUAUUCAUUGUAGUAACCACCUACGUCGUCUUUAUAGACUGAAAUAUUCUUGGGUGAAAACAAAAUACUACUUGUCUACUUUAUAUAUAUACUCAUACCUGAUUCUUCUGAUUUUAUCAUUUUUAUUCAUAAAUUAAGUAUCCUGCACUUUUAUUUAUUUUUGUUGUCUUAGGAUAGCUAUUUAAAUUUGAUUCUAGGAAAUUCUGCGCAAGAGCAUUUUGCCGUAAAACAAGUAUUUGUGAUAAAAACAGGUUUUUGAAGUAUAUUUUAUUUAACAAAGAUUUUUUAUUUAAAAGCAUACCCUAACCCUGUAAACUAACUUUUUUUAUCACAAAUACUUGUUUCACAGCAAAAUGCUCUUGCGGCAUAUUUUUCGGACACGAUUUAAUUUCUAUAUAUAGGACAUUGUUCCAGUAUAGGCCUACUUGAAAGUUGGAUGCUUUAUUGCGCAAGCUCAAUCUUUUGAGCGUUUUAUGAUAUAAAAUAUAUGUCAUGGACUGAUGGUAAUUUAUGUGUCACAGGUUCAAUAACUAACUAUUCAUUCAAGUUACAAAAGCAUCUUCAAGAAUCUGUACUUUUUAAUGUAAUUCUCAAUAUCAUUGUGGUUUCGUAACUCCCAGUGAUGACCUUUCGGGGCAAUACCAUAUUAUGUUUUAAUUCUGUAAUAAAUUUUAUCAACUGUAUGUUUAUUCGUGA